AUGAUGUUUACAGUUGAAUCUCCUAUACAGACUACCUUGAAAUAUUAUGACAGAAAAUUUCUAACAGACAAAUUUUUUAAUAGUACAGCAACUUAUCGUUUAGAUAGUUCUGUAUUUAUGCCUUAUGAUGCUUUUACUAGAAUUACUCCAACUACUCCAAAAGAAUAUAUUUGGGAUCAAAAAGAGGUUCUGGCAAAAGUUAAGAACAAAACAAAAUUAGCUUUCCAAGCAAUUUCACAUUGUAAUUCUGAAUCUGGUCGUGAUCUUAUUUCAAAAAAACUACAAAAAUUAAUGGAUUUGGAGGUUGUUGGUGUGUGUUAUGGUAGAAGAGGGUGCGACGAUGCAUGCUAUAACCGUAGUUUAGAAACCCACAUGUUUUAUUUGGCAUUGGAGAAUAAUAUUUGUCAAAAUUAUGUAACAGAAAAAUUUUGGAAUUCGUUAAGAUCACUUACUGUACCUGUAGUUUUUAGUAGAUCUGUUUUUGAAGGAAUGGAUGUUCCUUCUAAUGCAUUUAUUGCUUUGGAUGAUUUUAAAUCAGUGAAUGAAUUUGUUGCGCAUUUAAAGACUUUGCAAAAUGAUACGGAAAGAUAUUUAAAGUAA